AUGAAUGCACCUGCGAAGACCGCUCUCUGGAGCCCGCAGAACUUGAACGAGACAAAUGCAGUCAAGUUCAUCAACCACGUCAAUGAUAAAUAUGGCCUGAGAUUGCAAACAUAUGAAGACUUGUACAAAUGGUCGGUAGGAGACGAGACCAUCAAUCAUUUCUGGACUCAGGCGUACGCAUGGCUUAAGAUUUCAAGCAGUGGGACAGAUGAUCUCACUGGAGAAGUCGCAUGUUUCAACCCAAGCGACUCACUCUCUAACCUCAUGUUUCCGCCUCCAAAGUUCUUUCCAGCCGCCACUCUCAAUAUUGCCGAGCUGAUUUUCCGAGGCCGCAAGGAUACAGACAUCGCUAUCUAUUUUAGCCGAGAAAGCCUCAGCGACGUCGAGAAAGUAACUUGGGCUUCUCUGAGAGAACGCGUACGAAAGCUGCGCAGUGCAUUAGUAAACUCGGGAGUUGUUGCCGGCGAUGUCGUCGCGGCCGUCAUAUCCAACUCUGUCGACGCCAUCGUUAUCUGCUUGGCAGCCCUGUCAGUUGGCGCACUGUGGUCUUCAACCUCGUGCGAUAUGGGAGUUGGUGGGAUAGUUGACAGAUACUCACAAAUCCGGCCAAAGAUUAUCUUUGCAGACCAAGGAUAUGUCUACGCUCGGAAAAUAAUCGACCUGAGUGAUCGAAUUAGGGAAUGGUCUAGCAAGCUUCGGGAGCGAAGCGAUAUUUUGGCGCGGGUCGUUGUGAUUCCAAAUCCGAAACUCAACUCAAUUCCUUUACAUCAGCCAAACACAUACACAUUGGAAAAUUUCUUGAAGACUGACAGAGGAGACCAGUUGCUAUUCGAAAUCGUUCCGUUUUCACAUCCGGCCUUUAUUCUCUUCUCAUCUGGAACAACUGGCCCACCAAAGUGUAUCGUUCACUCAACGGGAGGAGUAGCCUUGAAGACCAAGGUCGAUUCAGUCAUUCAACACGAUAUCCGCAAGACUGAUAUUGUGUUUCAAUACACUACUACAUCAUGGAUAAUGUGGGUUUUGAACCUCAUGAAUCUCUCUUGCGGCGCCGCAAUGCUGUUGUACGAUGGCUCUCCUUUUCACCCGCGCCCAAGCAUAUUAUUAGAGCUGGCACAAGCUUUCAAAGUUAGUGUGUUCGGAACAUCGCCGAGAUAUCUCUCCACGCUCAAAGGCCUCGGCAUUACACCAAGACGUGACUUCGAUCUCAGUCGCCUACGUAUCAUGCUGUCAACUGGAUCUGUGCUCUCCGCUGAGUUAUAUGAGUGGUUCUAUUCCAUUGCGUUUCCUCCUUCAGCCCAGUUGAUCUCGAUGAGCGGAGGAACGGACAUUGCGGGAUGCUUUUUAUGUGGAACGCCUAUGUUGCCCGUGUAUGCCGGGGAGAUUCAAUGCAAAGCUCUCGGCAUGGCAGUAGACAUCUACGAUUCUGGGACAGAUGAGCACGUGUCAGUGGAAGAACUUGGUGCACCAGGCGAGCUGGUCUGUGCAAAACCCUUUCCGAGUCAACCACUUGCCUUCUUAGGGAAGGAUGGAUACAAGCAAUAUAAAGCUUCUUACUUUGAACGCUACGGGCCAAGUGUAUGGUGCCAAGGAGAUUUCGUUCAACGGUCACCAGCUACGGGAGGAGUUUUCAUGCUUGGACGAUCCGAUGGGGUCUUAAAUCCUUCCGGAGUGCGUUUCGGCUCCGCAGAAAUUUAUGCAGUUAUCGAAACUAUUCCAGAGGUCUUGGACAGUAUCUGUGUUGGCCAGAAACGAGAAGUUGAUAUCAACGAAAGGGUACUACUGUUUGUCAAGAUAAGACCUGGCGCAUCUCUCACAUCACAUCUCAGGAGCCAUAUAAACAGCGCUCUCCGGGAUCGGUACUCGCCACGGCAUGUACCAGCAUAUAUCUUCGAGGUGGAUGACAUUCCAUACACAGCUAAUGGAAAGAAGUGCGAGAUCAAUGUAAAGCACGCGAUCAACGGGAAUAAGUUUGCCGUGGCCGGAUCAGUGGCAAAUCCGGCAGCUCUCAAGGCUUAUGAGAAGUACCGAGAUCUGCCUGUAGAGGGGCCAAGAAAAAGUAAUAUUGUCUCAAAGAUCUGA